AUGGCCCGCAGCUCAAGUGCGGUCGCCCGAGCUCGGCUCGGUCUGAGAGUCACCGCGGCGGCGCCCAAGGCAUGCGACGGCGGCGGCAGCCACUCCGGCAGGACGCGGGGGUGCCGGAGGGUCACGAGGGAGGUGUUCAAAGCGGUCUCGAGCGGCGGCGACGCGGGGGAGAAGGGCGGCUGCAGCGCGGGGGCAGCACUCGGGGCGGCUCGGGGCGGCGGCGAUGGUUGCCAGGGCUCCGGGGGGGGCGGCUCGGCCGACCCUAGGUGGUUGGCGGCGGCGCAAGCAGGGAACAAUGCUCCUCGGCCCCGGGCUUGCCCAGGCUGGCAGCAGGGUGCAGAAGCGGCAGUGGCAGCGGCAGCGGCAGCGUGCGAGGCGGUGACGGCCGGCGGGGACAGACUGGAGGAGUCGCCGGAGGUUGGGUCAAAGCCAGAGGGGGUGCCGGAGGUGAGGAUCACCCUUUAG